AUGGAGCAAUCUUCGACACCGGCUCAGACCCCCCAAAACCCUUCCGUAUAUCCCAGCGGCCGCCAGUGCGGCUCAAGAGACCUCGGCCGCCAGUCUCUGCGCAGGGACCUGCUCAUUCAACUUGAAUCGCCCUGGCCUCUGCCACGUGUCCGGCAUAGCUUGGGCCGUCCCGAGCGCGAUGUGCGGCGUGCCAGCGCCGAGACCGGCACGACCGCGACGGCGUUUUCUCAACCCGGGCGCACCAUCACGCCCUUUCCCAUGCCCCUGGGGACUUCCGGCCCCGGCAUAUCCGCCUUCUCUACCUCGAGCCGGCAGACGCUCGCCCAUACCAAGUACAUGAGCAUGCUGCUAGCUCUGGACCGCAUUCCGCGCCUGCACAAUAUCAUUGCCUCUCUCCUCACGUGGAUCCUCCUCGCCGGCUUCAUCAUCUCCGCUGGGGCUCUCAACUCAAUCCCCAAAUCGAGUGACGAUGCCUCGACCCAGAACGAUUCGGGGUCCAAUCUACGCCUGGCGGCUGCUAACAGUACCCCCUUCAUCAUUGUCGGGGUUUUGUUCUGCAGUAUGGGGGGCUUGGGCAUGUUCUGCUUGGCCUUGAGGUGGCGACACAACUACAUCUGGCUGCUCAACAAGCUGUACAUGCCCGGGAUACUGAACGGGAUCGCCGGCCUGCUCUCGACUCUGACGAUCGUUUACAGCCAACAGCGUGGUGACUGGGGCCCCUCUGCCACGGUGGUUGCCAUUGUGGAGGCGAGUGUGACACUGACAUGCAUGCUGCUCUUCUUUGUAUACAACAACCUCCUGCUGAACAAGGUCAAGGAGCAGCACCGUGACGGACUCGAGAUUGGGAUUGACGAAGAUGGCUUCCUGAAGAAACUGGAGAGAGUGACCACGGAUCGUUCCUUUGCCCCCGGGAGUAUCGUGUGA